UUGGACGCGGGGCCGGAAGCGGAAGUGGGAAAUUGCUUUGGGUGGCUCGGGUUAUGGCAGGGGUGGUGGCUGUCGCGGCCGAAUCCCUUGCGGGAGGUAGGGCACGGGCGGCUCGCACUGUGCUAGAUCAGGUGGUGCUCCCGGGUGAGGAACUGCUGCUGCCAGAGCAGGAGGACGCAGAAGGCCCAGGAGGUACCGGGGAGCGACCACUGCGCCUGAAUGCGGGGGUGCGCGCCCGGGUGCGUGUAGUGUGCGGCCCGGGCUUGCGGCGCUGUGGUGACCGCCUUCUGGUCACCAAGUGCGGCCGCCUCCGUUACAAGGAGCCCGGCGGCGGCGGCGGCGGCGUUUACUGGGUGGACUCGCAGCAGAAACGGUAUGUCCCAGUGAAAGGAGACCAUGUGAUUGGCAUAGUGACAGCUAAAUCUGGAGAUAUAUUCAAAGUUGAUGUUGGAGGGAGUGAGCCAGCUUCUUUGUCUUACUUGGCAUUUGAAGGUGCAACUAAAAGAAACAGACCAAAUGUGCAGGUUGGAGAUCUCAUCUAUGGCCAAUUUGUGGUUGCUAAUAAAGAUAUGGAACCAGAGAUGGUCUGUAUUGACAGCUGUGGACGAGCCAAUGGAAUGGGUGUGAUUGGACAGGAUGGUCUGCUUUUUAAAGUGACUUUGGGCUUAAUUAGAAAGCUGCUGGCUCCAGACUGUGAAAUCCUUCAGGAAGUGGGAAAACUCUACCCACUGGAGAUAGUAUUUGGAAUGAAUGGAAGAAUAUGGGUUAAGGCAAAAACCAUUCAGCAGACCUUAAUUUUGGCAAACAUUUUGGAAGCUUGUGAACAUAUGACAGCAGAUCAAAGAAAACAAAUCUUCUCCAGACUGGCAGAAAGUUAGAUGUAAUUUUUUAUGGGUCGGUUGACCCAAGAGACUAUGGGUUUCCUAGGGAAAAUUUUUUUCAGGUGAACCUCUCUCCCCCCAUUAAACCGUCAGAAGACAUAAUGUGAAUGUACACAUUGUCUUAUUACAGUUCUAAGUAAAAUAUUUUUAUAAACAUGUUACUAGUUGCCACCCAUGUUCUUGUGGGUGAGAAAAGUCAUUAUAAAAUAAUGAUGUACUUUUUUCUUUACAAUAAAGUUUACUAAAAGUA